AGGGCUCCUGCCGCCCGGUGCAGCCAGGUGCAGCACUCUGGAGCGCGGGUCGUGAGGAGGACCGGGAGGACUCGCAGUGCGACCGCCGAACCGGGCUGACCUCAAACAUGCUGCUGCUGGCCAUCGUGGUGCUGCUCACCAGCAAGCUGACCAGCCACCAGGUCGAGCCUGCCACCAAGUGGAUCAACUCGUUUGCGGGUCCUUGGAUCGCUACUUUGGGUCCAAUCAACCAAUGCCCGGGAGGGCGGGUAGGGGACAUAGUUCGGUUCAAUCUACUGAUCACUCAAUUCCGACAUCCAUCAAUAGAUUCGCAAAAGAUGCUGCAGAGACUCACCGGGAAUGUUACCGUCGACGAGGAGCUGACCAACAAAGGCGCGUCAAUACUACGAUUUGCAACCAGAAGCAAUAACCAGUGGAAGGAGAACGCAUUGGUUUUAAAGUUUGCCAUUGGAUGUUGCCGAUCCUUGAUGGACUACUUUCCCGGCUUCACUAGAAACAUAUAUCACCUCGACCCGGAUGACUACCAGAAAGGUGGAAAACCCUGUGUCAUUCCAAAGGACGUCUACUACGCUGAUGAGGAGCCAGUAAAUUGGACCAUCCCCAAGGUGCCGGUGCUGCCUUACGGCUUAUUUCGGUUGCAAUUCUCUUUUGACAUGGGAACAGAAUCAAAUCCAAAGCGUAUUGGAUGUUUUCUGACGGAGACCACGAUACACCCUAGGCUGUAGUCAUAGCUGCACCGUUUUUCAAACGAGAAGAGCCUUGAAGCGGACCUUGGCGCCACCUCUACCACGACGCUACCCGCGACCCACUUCUUCGCAAUGUUUGGUGGCGAUCGUCAAGAAAAAAAGGUUGUCGAAAUCCCAUGCCAAAUUAUAAGAAAAAUUAUGGUGCUUUCCUGUCAAA